CUUUGAGGUUGUACAGAAGGUGCAUUCUCUCACAUUCUAACUUUUUGUUUUGGUCCGACCCUCCCCCAAGCACAAGUUGCCUUUUAAUCAUUACGCCCACCUGGAGCAAAUUGCCUUCUCAAUUAUUUGGCCUACAGGCUUCAGCUGGAUUUGGUCCAACUUUGUGUUUUUGGUCCGACUCUGUCAUUUCAUUUGAUCCCGCAAAGGACACUCACACUCGACAGUGGUUCACAUAAUCCGUACCAUUUCCAACUCUUUCAGCCUGCUAUCAAUCCAUAUUUGAUUCAAUGGCCACUCAACUCUUUUUUUGACAGCAAAAUGGCUUCUUCAAGCCGUAUCCAGUCUGGGAAAUACGAUGUCUUUCUGAAUUUUAGAGGUGAGGACACGCGCUACAAUUUUACCGACCAUUUGUACAAAGCUUUGAUUCAGAAGGGAUUUAAAACCUUCGGGGGUCCCGAGGACCUUGUGAGGGGAGAGGAUGUAUCAGCAGAGCUUCUCGAAGCAAUUGAAGAAUCGAGGGCUUGUAUCAUCAUAUUCUCUGAAAACUAUGCAUCCUCAAGAUGGUGCUUGGACGAACUUGUUAAAAUCAUCCAAUGUCAAAAAUCAGAUAAUCGAUUGGUUUUGCCCGUUUUUUACAAAGUGGAUCCCGUAGAUGUACGGCACCAGACAGGUCCUUUUGCUGAUGCAUUUGCUAAACAUGAAGAUAGAUUCUGGGAUUCCAAAGACAAGGUUAGCCGAUGGAGAGAAGCUCUUGCGCAAGCAGCGAACAUUUCCGGAUGGUACUCUCACGGGAGGUCUGAAUCAGUAUUAAUUGAUGAAAUUGUUGAGCAUGUUUCAAAUAAACUACUAGAUCAUAUCCAUGCAUAUGUGGCAAAGUAUCCUGUCGGAUUAGAAUCUCGUGUCCAAGAUGUGGCUGAGCUUUUAGGUUUCGGAGAGUAUGAAGAUGUCCGUAUGGUAGGGAUAUGGGGGACUGCUGGAAUCGGUAAAACAACAGUUGCCAAAGCUGUUUUUAAUUGCUUUGGCCAUAUGUUCGAAAGUAGCUGUUUUCUGGACAAUGUGAGGGAAAGAUCACUGUCAUAUGAAGGCCUACUGGGACUGCAAAACAUACUUAUUUCCCAAGUUCUAAGAGGUGAAGAACUGAAGUUGACCAAUGUUGAUCAAGGAAUCAGUGUGAUAAAGAAAAGGUUGAGCCAGAAAAAAGUUCUAUUAGUUCUUGAUGACGUGAAUCAAUCGAACCAGUUAGAGAAAUUAGCUGGUGGAUCUAAUUGGUUUGGUUUGGGCAGCAGGGUCAUCAUUACAACACAGGACAAGCAUUUGCUACUUAACAAUCAAGUCAAACCAAUAUACAAGGUUAGGGAAUUAAACCGUGAUGAUUCUUUUUACCUCUUUAGUUGUCAUGCGUUCCACAGAACAAUACCUAUGACUGAUUAUGAGGAACUUGCAAGUUGUGUCGUACAGUACGCUCAAGGUCAUCCAUUAGCUUUGGUAGUUUUAGGUUCAGGGCUAUGUGGUAGAACUAUAGAGGAAUGGCAAGAGGCAAAAGACAGCAAUUGGAGAUUUUAUAACAGAGAUCUUCUCAGAACUCUCAAAAGUAGUUACGAUGCAUUGGAUGAUUCAGUGAAAGAGGUCUUCCUUGACCUUGCAUGUUUCUUUACAGGUGAAAAUAAGAACUAUGUGAUACAAAUACUAGAAGGUGGUGACCUUAACCCUAAGAAUAGUAUUAGUGUGCUCCAAGAAAAGGCCUUAAUAAAUAUAAGUGAAGAAAAUCACAUUCUGAUGCACAACUUGCUAGAGCAAAUGGGUAAAGAAAUAAUUUACAAUGAGUCGCCAAAUGAUCCCUCUAAACGCAGCAGAUUGUGGUUUGCCGAUGACGUGUACAAUGUUCUAACCGAAGGAAUGGGAACUGAUAAAAUUAAAGGCAUUAUGGUGAAGUUAUCUGAACCAGAUGAGAUAGUAUUGAGUCCUGCAAGCUUCUCGGGGAUGAAGAAUCUUAAAUACUUCAUUAAUUGUAAUGCAUCUUUCUCUGGUGAUGUCAUUGAUUAUCUCCCCAACGAGUUACGGCUUAUUGAUUGGCCUGGAUUCCCAUUUGAAUCUUUUCCAGCCAAUUUUAUUCCAAAGAAGCUUGUUAGACUCAAUAUGCCUCGCAGCAGCCGCUUGUCACGACUGGGAGAGAGAUUUAAGCACUCCAAAAGCCUGAAAUAUAUAAAUUUGGAAAGCUGCCCUUUGCUGACAGAAAUCCCUGACUUCUCUGGACUCUCAAAUUUAAAGGACUUAAAUCUGAACGAAUGUUCAAGUUUAGUUCAGGUUGGUGCUUCUGUUGGUGUCCUUGAUCAGCUGCUUGGCUUGAGUCUUUCGGGUUGCAAUAAUCUUACUUCAUUUCCGAGAGAAAUCGCCUUGAAAUCUGUGGAAUAUAUAAAUCUUAGAGGUUGCAGAAUGCUCCAGACUUUCCCUGAAAUUGUGGCAAAGAUGGGUUUCUUGACAAGCUUGGAUCUAUCUGGCACUGCCAUAAAGGAAUUGCCUUCAUCUAUUGCAUAUCUCAGUAGCCUCGAAGAGUUGACAAUUAGAGAAUGUGAAAACCUUACAGACCUGUCAUACAGCAUAUUUGAGUUGCAGCAUCUUUGGUGUCUUGAUCUCCAAGGCUGCUCAAAACUUGUUAAAAUCCCAAAGUGGAGUGCAGAGUCGGUUACAACGAAGUCACCUGACUUGUGUUAUCUUAACUUGCGAGGGUGCAACAGGCUUCAAGAAAUUCCUGAACUUCCACCGAAAGUCAAUCUGGUAAACGCGGCUGAUUGCACAUUACUUGAACGAUUUGCAAAAUUGUCAAACAUCUUGGAACGUAAGGAGUCACAAAUGAUGAAAUGCAUCACAUUGUUUAAUUGUCAGAAACUGUGUGUAAGUCUUACUCAUGGCGUGACAGAGAUUGAACAUAUCUUACUGGAUGAAACAUGCUCUCUCUUUCUCUCUUGUAUGCAAUCUGAAUUCCAUGUUGUCUUUCCCGGACGUGAAGUUCCAAAGUGGUUUGACCACCGUGAAGAUCUGAAGGAGCUAGGUAAUACAUCUGAAUUUUCUUUUGAAAUCCCUCCAAAUUUCAAACAGGAAAACAAAGGAUUGGCUAUCUGUACUGCAGCAGCAACUGUUGAAGAAAUUAACUCAGAAGAAGAAUUCCCGCAAAAUAAUUGCUCAUUCACAGUCAGAAUUGACAUUGAUGCAGAGAGCAGUGUUGAGCGGUCUUUUAAUUUUGAAGCAAAAGACAUGCAGUCAGCUCAUGUGUGGUUGCUCUAUAUUCCAUUCAUCAAGUUUGCCUAUUGCAAAUCCCCGCCUUUUGCUUGUCGAGUUAGAUUGGGUCAUACUAGCCAAGGUUCGGUGCGCUGUAAAAGCUACGGUGUCCACCUGGUAAUUCCAGAAGCUGAAUCUGAAGACGAAGAUGAUUACAGGAUGGAUGAGCACCCUUCUAUUGUAGAUGAUGAAAGUGGUGAAGACAUAAAAUAGUAGUAUUUCUCAUGGAAGGUCAACUGCGAGUGACCCCAUUUCGCCAUAACAACCCCAGGGGAAACUCGAAUAGAGGCCUAAUUAAUGCAUUCAGUUCAUACAACACUAUCCUUUCUUUGGCGAUUUGCCACCGGCUGUUGUUUAGUUCUUGCAUGCGCCCGUCUAUGUUCUGUUUUUCUUGUCAUUUGUAUUCAGUUCAUACAACACUAUCCUUCCUUUGGCGAUUUGCCACCGGCUGUCGCCUAGUUCUUUCAUGCGCCCAUCUAUGUUCUGUUUUUCUUGUCAUUUGUAUUGAGGAGGCUUAAGAUGAACUGAUGUGUAGGCCUACAGACACCGAAGUUCUAAAUAAAUGUAUGUUGUUUUUGGGUUCAUUCACUUACCCUUAAUA